AUGGCGCCCAUGAAAAAGCUUGUGGUGGAGGGUCGAAAAAGAAAGGAGCAAGUUCUGAGGUUUACCUUCGACUGCACCCACCCUGUACAAGAGGGGGUCAUGGAUGCUGCCAAUUUUAAGCAGUUUCUUCAAGAGAGACUCCAAGUGAGUGGCCAAGCUGAGAGUCUCGGUGGAGGGGUUGUAACCAUUGAAAGGAGUAAGAGCAAGAUUACUGUAACUUCUGAGGUGCCCUCUUCCAAGAGGUGUUUGAAACAUCUCGCCAAAAAACAUCUGAAGAAGAAUAAUCUACAUGAUUGGUUGUGCAGAGUUGCUAAUAGCAAAGAGAGUUACGAAUUGCAUCACUUCUGGAUUAACCAUGAUGAGGAAGAGGAGAAAGAUGAGGAUUAAAAUUCAUUUAUCCGGACAUUUUGUAUGAGUUCCUGAAUAAGA